UUCCGUAAAGCCUCCCCCCGCUGGGGCUCCUACGUGCAGCGGGUUCGGUGCGCGCUCCGGAGAGUAGAUGUUGCGCGGGUAAGAACGCAAGAAGAGGCCUGCUGGAUCGGGCCGUCUCGUCCUGCGGGCGCCUUGCACAGGGGGCUGCUUCUCGCUCGCGGCGGCCUGAUGCUUUUACUCCCAGGCCGCUGCGGCGCUCUUGUCCCGAUCGCGCAUUUUAUUGGGUAGCCUUGCGAAGAAGGGCCUCCCGCCCGCCGGCCCGCCCGCCCUGAUGGAGCCGCUGCCUGUGAAAAGGAAGCGCCCUCGUCCCCGGGACCCCAUCCCGGCCCCCGCCCCGGAGCAGCCCGUGCGCUUCCCGGAGGUGGUGCUCUGCCUGGUGGAGAAGCGGAUGGGCGCGAGCCGCCGGUCCUUCCUCGCCUCUCUGGCCCGCAGCAAGGGCUUCUGCGUGGAGGAGGCCCACAGUGCGAGAGUGACCCAUGUGGUAUCGGAGGGGAACUCUGGCGACGAGGUGGUCGAAUGGCUGAGAAAGAAGGGGAGGGGCUGCCUGGACGCGCCGGGGAAGGAACCAGCCCUCCUCGAUCUCAGCUGGUUCACUGAGGCCAUGAGUGCGGGCUGGCCAGUGAAGGUGGAGCCCAGGCACUGCCUGCAGGUGACUGCUCGUGCGGAGAAGCAGAAGGACAAGGCCCAGGUGGCACCCUAUGCCUGCCAGCGCCGCUCUCCGCUUGCGCACAGAAAUCCAAUGCUCACGGAAGCUCUGGAAACGGUGGCGGAGGAGGCUUACUUCUGUGGCAACGAGGGGCGCAGCCUGGCGUUCUCCAGGGCUGCCACGGUGCUGAAGUCCUUGACCUGCACUGUCCGGAGCGUGUCGGAGCUGAGCGCCCUUCCCGGCCUCGGGGUGCAUUGCAAGAGAAUCCUCCAGCAGGAGGUCCUGGAAGACGGCACGUCUGCAGAGGUGGAGAGAAUUCGGCAGUCUGACAGAUACCAGACUAUGAAGCUUUUCACGAAGAUGUUUGGGGUCGGGGUGAAGACGGCCAGCCAGUGGUAUCAAGAAGGGCUGAGGACACUCCAGGACCUCCAGAUGCGUUGCACAAAACUGAGCAGAGAGCAGCAGGCCGGCCUCCUUCAUUACACAGACCUCAGUACCCCAGUGGAGCGGCCCGAAGCAGAGGCCAUUAGCCAGCUGGUGCGCGAGGUGGCCGAGCGCUACCUGCCCGGCACCUCUGUAACGCUGACGGGCGGCUUUAGAAGGGGGAAGCGGAGUGGACAUGACGUGGACCUGCUCAUCACACACCCGGUAGAGAGCCGAGAAGAGGGACUGCUGAGCAAAAUCAUCAGCUGGCUGCAUAGCCAGGGCUUCUUGUUGUACCAGAACAGCUGCAGGAACACUUUCCAGCCCUUCAAGAUGGAAGUUCAAGAGGCCAGUGGCAGUGCGGGUUCAAUGGACCGUUUUGAGCAAUGUUUCUCCAUUUUCCGCCUUGCCGACCGUCCUGGGGGCCCCCGAGGGGAUGCCGGGGCUCAGAAGCCUGGAGCAUCCAGUUCCAGGAAGGCUGUGAGGGUGGACUUGGUCAUCAGCCCCUACAGUCAGUUUCCAUUUGCUUUGCUGGGUUGGACCGGCUCUAGGAAUUUUGAACGGGACCUGAGACGCUUUGCCAGGCAAGAGAAGAAGAUGGCUCUCAACAGCCAUGCUCUGUAUCACAUGGAGCAGAAAAUAUUUCUGCCGGCUGCCUCUGAGGAAGAAAUUUUCCAGCAUUUAGGUCUGGAGUAUAUACCUCCCGAAGAACGCAAUGCCUGAAUCCUGCUGUGGAAGAAUCAUCUUGCUCCUGACUGAAUUCACACGUUCAUCUGAAGGAACAGAAAUGCCACGGCCAUGUCUUUCCCCUCAUGCCUUGAUGGCCUUCUGGACUCACCUGUGGUUGCCGGUGUGAAAGAGUCUCUUUUUCUCUUUCCGCUGAUUUAGGAAUAGGCACGUCAGAACAGAAAUAGCAACUUCUCCCUGUGGGGACCCAACCUGCUCCAGAUGGUGUGAAUGGAACUUAAGAAAAUUAAAGAAGCACUUUUCCUACGUA